AUGUCUUCAACUGCAGAAAACGAUUUUAAGGCUGCCCUUCAACAGACUAUAUUCUCAUGUGCAACCUCUCUGGAUGCUCUGAAAGCAUCUCGUAGCCAGGUGCCACAAACUCCAGAAGACAAUCCUUCUCCCGAAGACGUCCGCUCGGAUUUUAUAUCCAUCCUUACACUACUAUAUGCUCGGUCUACAAGCCUUACGCUGGUGCUCAAUGCGGAUUCCUACUCAGCAGCACGAGAGCCACUUAUCGAGAUCGCUCGCGACGUCUCCAGGCUUGCUCACUAUAAUCGUGCUUCAGUCGCAAAACGGUGGCAGUCAGAUGCAUCGCAUAUAGAUGAUGCUAUGCGAGAGGUUAAGGAAAUGAUUGAAGAGGCCGAAAGUGACGAUCCAGUGCGGAACGAUGAAGAAGACUUCGAAGAUGGAUGGGGCGAAAUUUUGGGCGACCAGGCGAGCAAGCUUGCUACGCACGAGGUUGAGACUGCCAAGAAGGUGAUGCUGAUACUUCGCAUGGUCGCCCUCCUGCAUAAACGCGUACUUUCACGCAUUAUCAGUCCGGCUUUAGAGGGAAGUCUAGAAUUGGAACAACUGCUUGGGUUUUCAACGGGACUCGCUGGAGGGGUCGAUGAUAUCGCAGCGUCACUUUGGUCUCCUCAGGACUCACAACAAAUAUCUAAUCGAGCGGCCGAAAUUCGGAAAAAGACGCAAGCUCUACGAGAAACUUUGCAUACGUCUGGGAUCAUCCCUUCGGAAACCGGGUGA